AUGGGGACCGAGGCGGCUUUAAAGACGUUCACAGCAGAAGAGCUCGACGAAGCCACGAAUAACUACUCGCGGGAAAACUCGCUCGGCCGCGGCGGCUUCGGCACGGGCUACCGCGGAAAGCUCGCGGAUGGUUCCCCCGUGCUUGUAAUGAAGCUGAACCCCGAUAACACCCGCCAAGCCGCGGAGAAAUUCACCCGCGAAGUGACCAUUUUAACGCGCGCGGACCACCCUCAUCUGGUCAAGCUCCUCGGGUACAAUCCCGAGGCACGCUGUAUCGUGUACGAGUCGCUCCCGGCGGGGAGCCUCGAGGACCGUCUGCUGACGGAGGGCGGACGGAAAACGAUGCGGCAGAAAGACCGUCUGCGAAUCGCGGCGGAGGCGUCAGAAGCUCUCCUCUUCCUCCACCAUCUCGAGCCGCCGAUUCUCCAUCAGGACGUGAAACCCGGAAACGUCAUGCUGAAUGAAGAUCUCUCCUGUAAGGUCGGCGGAGUCGGUCUGGCGAAGUUCCUCCCCGCGAAUGACUCUUCGAUCUGGGGAACGGUGGGGUAUAUCGAUCCGCUGCUUCUCCGCACCGGGAAAUACGGCCCGCAGUCGGAUCUGUACGGAUUAGGGUUGGUGAUCCUGCAGCUGUUGACCGGCGAGAAGGUGAAUAAGGUGCUCGAGUUCGCGAAAUUCGGGCUGGAGGGGAUUCUGGAUCAUUUGGAUAAGACGGUUCAGUGGAACCCGGAGAUUGCGAAGGAGGUUGCUGACGUGGCGCUGAAAUGUAGGGACAGGAUGAGCCGGCCGGAUCUGGAGACGGUGGUGCUGCCGAUGCUGAGGAAAUACGCGGAGCAGACUAAGGGGGAGAAGGAGGCGGAGGCCGCUCCGCCUGCUGCUGCUGCUGCUGCUGCUGGUGGCGGUGGUGCUGGUGGUGGUAAGGGAGGUGGUGGUGGGGCGGGUAAGGGGCAUGAGAAGAAGGGGAAAGGGUGGAGGGGAAAGGAGGAGGGGAAGGGAGGAGGGGAAGAAGGGAGGAGAAGUGAGGAGGGGAAGGGAGGAGGGGAAGGGAGGAGGAGAAGGGAGGAGGGGAAGGGAGGAGGGGAAGGGAGGAGGGGAAGGGAGGAGGGGAAGGGAGGAGGGGAAGGGAGGAGGGGAAGGGAGGAGGGGAAGGGAGGAGGGGAAGGGAGGAGGGGAAGGGAGGAGGGGAAGGGAAAAGGGGAUGGGAAGGGGUGA